CUUGCGCAUCCCCUGAGCCACGGACCGAUCAGCCCUUGAGUUCCCCAAGUGGGAGACGGCCCGUCCGCCACGAUCAACCGUGUGUUACGUCAUGGACCCCAGCGCUUGCGUAUACUUCGGCCCAGAACGCUUCCCACCGUUUCACAAUCGCCCAUGGCUUGCGCGGGCGUCAGGCGAGCCCCGGUCCUUUUCCUCGCACGCUUCACUGCAUGGACAAGAUAUCAUCUCCCUCUUCCCUCCUCCCGACCCUUACGACCUCGACCUCGACCUCGACCUCGACCUUGACCUCGACACCCCUCCCUCCCACCCUCCCCCCCGGUGCAGGCACCUUUGGCAUCCGGCAUCCGGCAUCAUCACCAUGCAGAUCCUCAUCCGCUUCAGCGCCGCGGCCCUGCUGAUCCUCACGGUCUUCUGGAUCGAGACACAGCUGAGCCAGCUGGGCUCCAUCCGAGGGAAACUGUCCAGCCUCGCCCACCACCACGAUGACGGCAGCAAACCACACACAUCGGCCGCGGAGAGCUCGUCGUGGAAGUUCUCCCUCACGCCCUCCGCGGAACCCACGGCGAAGAAGCGCCCUUCCAUGGCCGAUCUCAUCCCCUCGCCUCAACAGGACAGAGCGUCCUCCCAAUGGACCACGGACGACAUGCUCGGGACGAAGGAAACGGCCAUCGACGGCGUCCUCGUCAUCGGGAAGCUGAAGCGCGAACGAUCCGACUGGCUUCGUCUGGAGCUGCGCGACUGGAACCACGCCGUCUACACGCGCGACGACCGGCGCGCCACGCUCAGCCUCCCCAAGAACAAAGGCAAGAGCAGCUCCGUCUACCUGCAAUACCUCAUCGACCACUACCAGCACCUGCCCGCGACGAUCGUCUUCCUGCAGAACCACCGCAAACCCGGCCACAGCGAGUUCUCGGGCGGCAACAUUGCGGCCGUCACGCUGCUGCAACGGGACUUCGUGGCGCGCGCCGGCUUCGCCAACCUGCGGUGCAGCGUGAGCGGCGAGUGCGACCGGAUCGCGUCGCGGCCGAUGCACGAAAAGAAGACGACGAUCGAGAGGGCGCUGCCCGCCGUGUGGGAGACGUUCUUCAAUAGCACGGACGUGCCCGAGAGUAUUGGCACGCUGUACAGUGGGCAGUUUGCCGUGUCGAGGGAGCAAGUGCUUAAGCGGCCGCGGGAGGAUUAUAUCCGCUUUCAGGAGUGGAUUAUGGAGACGGACAUGGGGGAUGAAGAUGUGGAGAACUUGAUGGGGUAUCUCUGGCAUGUCAUUUUUGGGCAGGAGUUUAUCUAGUAAGUAUUUCUUUUACAUGAGUGAGGAGGGGCGUUGUGAUGUGUGUGUGUGUGUGUGAUGUAUGCUGACUUGUGGGUGAUAGUUGUCCGGCGACGACGCAGUGCUUUGAUGAUGUGUAUGGGCUGUAGUGAACUUGGGUUGCAUUGGAUUGGGAUUGGAUUUGGAUUUGGAUUUGGAUUUGGAACCGGAGUAUAUGGAUGGAGUUGAUAUAGGCAUAGGCAUACCCAUCGGUAUAGGGUUAGAGAGGACGGUAGUAUAGUAUAUCCCAAGCAGGUUGGACACCGGGUCUUGGAUAGACACAAUAUAUGCUGACUGCGGGACAGUCCAGAUUAUUCUCUCUUCAAG